AUGUCGUCUGUUGUGAUGGUUUCUGAUACUGACCACAUCGGCCAUUUUGCCAAAGAUUUCGAUAAUAAUUCUUAUGAUGUGCACAAUAUCAGCGAUGAAAAGCAAUUUAAUUACCUCCAACAGGAAACAGAAAAGGAUUUUGAUUUUCCAAAACCUGAUAACUCAGGUAAUCAAAUAGGCACGAAUAGCAGUAUAACCAUCUUGAACCAGGAAGAAUUCAGUUUGAAUGCCUCUAUUGAAUCAUUGGAUGCUGAAUGCAUUGUAUCGCAUAACGAUCUUGGAACACAAAGAGACAUCGAUUCUGGUAAUCUCCUUAACACAAAUAAUGAACCAAAAAUGAAUGGCAAACUGGAUCAAGAAGACAGAACAGAACUGAAACCAACUGAAGAUUCUGAAGAACAGCUCGUUGAUCUCGUCGUUGGUACCGUCCCUGUUAUCUGCUUUGAUGACGAGUACACUCAACAUCCUUCUUCGAAUCAUAGUGAAGUAUUAGGAACGUGCGCUGGAGUUAUAAACCAUGAUAACUUAGCUUUCUUCGGUGCCUAUAGUGUGCGAGAGGAAUACCGUCUUCUAGGAAUAGGUUUGAAGAUAUAUACUGCGUGCAUGGAGCGUAUCGGUGCCAGGAAUACAGCCGGGAAUGCUGUGCCGGGAAAAGAGGAACUUCAUCGAGAUAAAUUUAAAAUCCCGAUAGUUGAAAACAAAUGGAAAUUAUUAGUCAACGAAAUAUAUGAAGACAUUUCUCCAGAAAAUUUAUCGGAUGAAGUUCCCAAUGGAAUUUAUGUCGAACAUUGCCGAAAUUCUCAUCUACCAUUAAUUUACAAAUACGAUUUCAACCUCGUAGGCUAUAGACGUGAUCUGGCCAUUAAACUUACCUAUGAGGAAGAAGACACCAAAUCGUUUGUAGCAAUCAAAGAUGGUGAAUGCGUUGGGUUCGGAGUUAUCAAGAAAACCUGUCGAGGAGUACAUCACUUAGGCCCGCUGUAUGCCAAUGAUGCUGCAGUAGCUGAAGCAAUAUUGAAGAGGCUCACCAUGUCUGCUCCUGAAAUAAAAGGUCUCUACAUGGCGACCGUUAGUAAUAAUGCACCCGCUAAUGAUUUUUUAAAGAAACUUGGUUCUCCAACUGUGGAAAUAUGUGCACGGGUGUUUCGACGAAGGAACGACGACGAAGAAAUGACGAAUGUAGAUACUAACAGAGUUUUCGCUCUCUUCGAUAUGCAUUAUACUCCUUCCUAAAAAACCUUGAAAGCAUUAUGUAAUUGCACAAACAGAGAUAUGAAAUAUAGUAAGGAAUUUGGACUUCAGAAAUAUAACUAAUUAAAAGUUAAAAAUCUAAUUCGUCUUUAAAAAUGUUCAUCUAAUAAUUUUUAAUCAGAAUAUAGUUGCGAAAUUUUCAAACGCAAGACGCUUUUUCUGUGCAGUUAGGUUAUAAUAAUAAUUGUGAUAUGUUUAUCUAUGAUUUUGUUCUUACACCUUGUGAUUGUGUAAUAUAUAAAUAUAAAGAAAUUACUAUAUUAAAUAUUUAAUAAUUAUUUUCAAUAAUGUGUAACUUAGAGUUUAAUGCAUAAUUCAAAUUUACAAAAUUGCGUUUUAAUAUGUAUUAAGAACAAAUUACUCUUUCUGUAUUUUGUUCACUU